CACCCCACCGCUACAUACGUCACACUACGCAUGCGCGAUCGUCCACUGUGGUUCGACCUCUGCAGUCGAGAGACCCGGCUUCAACCAGACUUGACCGAACCGGUUAAAAUUCCCCAAAUUUGAAGAUGUACGCCUGUGCAAAGUUCGUCUCCACACCGGCUCUGGUCCGUGCUGGUUCCCGGGCUCUUUACAGACCCCUGUCUGCCUCUGUGCUGUCCAGGCCUGAGGCCAAGUCUGAGACCAAUGCUGCCGUGGUGCCUCAGAGCCCCCUCAUGCAGGCCACCCUGAGGAGCUUCCAGACCAGUGCUGUCAGCAGGGACAUCGACACUGCAGCCAAGUUCAUUGGUGCUGGAGCCGCCACCGUUGGAGUGGCUGGAUCCGGAGCUGGAAUUGGAACCGUGUUCGGCAGCCUCAUCAUCGGCUACGCUAGGAACCCGUCCCUCAAGCAGCAGCUGUUCUCCUACGCCAUCCUGGGAUUCGCCCUGUCUGAAGCCAUGGGUCUCUUCUGCUUGAUGGUCGCUUUCCUUAUUCUGUUUGCUAUGUAAAGCUCUGUCAUAAAAUACUUUCAUUACAGAUGUGACAUAUUUUAUUGUGGCUACCGAACUUGUUCCAUGUUGGUGUCCUGGAAAUGUUCCUUUCCAGGCCUCUCAGACACAGCUGAAAUCGGCAAAACAUGUAUUGUACAAAUGUAAGAAAUUACGUGAUUAAAAUACAUGUUUUUGACUAUGAUCAAUCGCAACUUGUCACUGUCUACAUCACGGUACCGGAAGCAGCCGAGAGUGAAUGUCAUCUGUAAAUCACAGCCUUGCUCAUGGACCAGUGUACGCCUUUGGGUCCAGCAGUCCAGCUUUCACUAGAGUGGCCGUUAUUCAGUUCUGUUUGCUGGUAAGUUGGACACUUGCUUUUGUAAAUGGCAUUGAAUACAUUUUAACAAUUAAAUUUAGACCUGUGAAA